AUGGCAGCAAUGCAUUAUAACGCACAAGUUGUUUCUGAGGAAUUGCAUCAGACACAUCAGAGACAUAUUUAUGGGAUACAACAUAGAUUGCAAGAUCAUGGAUCGUCGUCACCUAGAUCGGAAGAAGCUAGAUCACCUAUUGAACCUAGCGUAAGAUCACCCGAAGAGAUUCGUUUCGUUGGUACGAGAUCACCCGAUAAUUUGGAGGAUAGAACGCAAACUGUCAGAUAUCAAGAGGAUAUUUGUCCUAAACGUUUUACCAAGGAUCAUGCUAGUCAACAUUUUUUUCAAGAAACGGAUAAUAAUAUUACGUCGAGAAAGUGUUUUCCAGAUGAGAUGAUCAACGUUAAUAAUCGUUGUCGUGAAUCCGAUACGUCACCAGGUAGAACAACCUCAUCACCACAUGGUUAUACUUUAAAUACGUCUAGUCAACACAACAAUAAUUCGGGUAAAACGUCGUUUUGCAUCGAUGCUUUACUAGGACGUGUUACUACGGGAAAACAGAACAACGAUAUUGACGAACACGAUCGACAGAAAAUAUUUUCUACGAGAAAUCAUAAAAAUAUCGUACAAGAAUCAACGUUGAAUCUCGCUAACAGUUCGAUAGUACAAUCCAUUCAAGGUAGAGGAGAAUCACCAACACCACCACCACUAUCGUGCACGAUAAGACGUAACGAUGAUCAAAGAACUGGAAUAUCACUUGGUAAUCCUUUAAAUCCAUUCGUACAACAGCAACAACAACAACAUGGAAGAUCCAUUUCACCGACGGGUAUCGAAUCCACCCAUGAAAAUCAAACGACCAAUCGUGACAAUUUUCUCACCGGUAUACACAACAAUGAUUCGAAUAUACAAAUGGGGGGUCGUAAUGUUAACACGGUAGUUUAUCGUAACGAUCGUUUGGAUACCGUCGAAGAUGACGGUUCGAUAGAGGUUGAUCCUAGCAGGACUACGGGUAGCACGAGUCCUGGUAGCAACGCUAGUCGUAGUCCAGCAUCAAGCCCACCUAUUUCACCUGGUUCCGAAGAAAUUACUAGUAACGGUGUUAUCGGACAUCAAAGUCUAGCACCUGGACCAUACGCCGUCGGUGCCGGUGGUGGUGUUGGUGGUGUUGGUGUUGUUAGACAAAAUCAAGGACUCUUGUUACAUCCUGGUGGACCUCUCAUUCAUCCCGGGGGAUUGUAUUAUCAUCCGGCAAGUGGUAGCGCAUUUCACUCAAUACACAAAGAGGGUCAAACUGUGGUUGGUCAUCCUCAAUCGACCGGUCCUCAUCCUCAACAACAUCACAUUCAUCAACUUCAACUCGAGUGGUUAGCUAGAACUGGAAUGUUGUAUCCCAGAUUACCAGCUGACUUAGCCGGUUGUGCAGCUCAACACGCGUUACUUGGUAAAACGAGAAGACCAAGGACAGCAUUCACGUCUCAACAACUUCUCGAAUUGGAAAAACAAUUUCGUCAAAACAAGUAUUUGAGCAGACCUAAGAGGUUCGAAGUUGCAACUUCAUUGAUGCUGACGGAAACACAAGUGAAGAUCUGGUUCCAAAAUCGACGAAUGAAAUGGAAAAGAAGUAAGAAAGCACAACAGGAAGCACGUGCCAGUGGAAAACUCGAUGAUGCCAGUAAUACGAAAAAUUCUGAAAGAGAUAAUACCGGAAGUGACGUAUCGGUGACAGCACCUUGCACACCGGAAGAAUCCAGAGGAACUUUACAAGAAACUCAGAGAACUUCAACAGAACUUCAGGAACCACUUUAUCGUCCUUACGUCGUUUAA